AUGGUGUUGCAAGAUCUCGGGCGCCGCAUCAAUGCGGCCGUUUCAAACCUCACGCGAGAGCAGAAUCUCGACGAAAAGGCAUUCGAUUCCAUGCUCAAGGAGAUUUGCGCCGCCCUUCUCGAGGCCGAUGUCAAUGUUCGACUCGUCGGCCAACUCCGGAAAUCGAUUCGCAGCACCGUCAACUUCAAGGAACUGCCUCCUGCCGUCAACAAGAAGCGUCUGAUCCAAAAGGCCGUUUUCGACGAACUGGUCAAACUCGUCGACCCCCAUGCCGAGCCCUUCAAGCCCAAGAAGGGCAAAUCGAAUGUCAUCAUGUUUGUCGGUCUGCAGGGUGCCGGUAAGACGACGACGUGUACAAAGCUGGCGCGACACUACCAGACAAGAGGCCUGCGGGCGUGUUUGGUUUGUGCCGAUACGUUCCGUGCUGGUGCUUUUGAUCAGCUGAAGCAGAACGCGACCAAGGCCAAGAUUCCGUACUACGGCUCGCUUACAGAGACGGACCCUGCUGCCGUUGCUCGGGCUGGUGUUGAGCAGUUCAAGAAGGAAAAGUUCGACGUCAUCAUUGUCGAUACCUCGGGUCGACACAGACAGGAAUCUGCCCUGUUCCAGGAGAUGAUUGACAUUCAGGCGGCAGUGAACCCCGACGAGACCAUCAUGGUGCUGGACGCCUCAAUAGGUCAACAAGCCGAGGCCCAGGCCAAAGCCUUCAAGGAGGCCGCCGACUUUGGAGCAAUCAUCAUCACCAAGACAGAUGGCCACGCCCACGGUGGUGGUGCCAUUUCCGCCGUCGCCGCUACGCACACGCCGAUUGUAUUCAUCGGUACUGGAGAGCACAUGCUGGAUCUGGAGAGAUUCGAGCCUCAGCGAUUCGUCCAGAAGCUGCUGGGAAUGGGCGACAUGGCCGGACUGGUUGAGCACGUGCAGAGCCUCAACUUGAACCAGAAGGAUACCAUGAAACAUCUGCAGGAGGGUAUCUUUACGGUGCGAGAUUUACGAGACCAGCUGUCCAACAUCAUGAAGAUGGGACCACUAUCGAAAAUGGCUGGUAUGAUUCCUGGCAUGAGCGGCCUUAUGCAGGGCAUGGACGACGAGGAGGGAGGCGCAAAGCUCAAGCGCAUGAUCUACAUCUGCGACUCCAUGACAGACAAAGAGCUCGAUUCUGAUGGCAAAAUCUUGAUCGACGAGCCAACCCGCAUGACACGUAUUGCUCGAGGAUCGGGCACGUCGGUGCGCGAGGUGGAAGAUCUCCUGACACAGCAGCGGAUGAUGGCUGGCAUGGCUAAGAAGAUGGGCGGCAACAUGAAGAACAUGCAGAGGGCACAGCAAGCCAUGUCGGGUGCAAACAAGGCCCAGCAGAUGGCUGCCAUGCAGAAGCGACUACAGAGCAUGGGUGGUGCCGGUGGUGCUGGAGGCAUGCCGGAUAUGGGAUCAUUAAUGAAGAUGCUUGGCGGCGGCGGCAUGCCUGGUGGAAUGGACAUGCAGGCAAUGAUGCGACAGAUGGGCAUGGGCGGUGGCAUGCCGGGCAUGCCUGGGAUGCCUGUCAACCUGCAGCACAAGCUCGUGACCCCGCACGCCUUAAAUCCUGGAACUCGCGAUAAGCCCACUUUUGGAAUCCAUCCAAACUACGACGGCUCCGGAACUAAGAAAUCGCCCCACCGAUCCCAAGCUCUACGGAUAGCUUACAAGCUAGGAAGAAGAUCAGAGUGUCGUUGCAAAUGUCGUCGCGAGGAAGAGGAAGAGGCGGGUAUCAAGAUCGUGGAGGAUCGAGAGGAGGAGGUGGAGGAGGAGGAGGAGGUUACAGAGGCGGCGGGGGUCGAGGAGGAGGAGGGGGAGAUCGAGGGGGAGGUUCCUUUAGAGGAGGAGGAGGAGGAGGAGGAGGAGGAGAUCGAGGAGGAGGAGGAUCCUUUAGAGGCGGGAGAGGUGGAGGACCGCCUCAAGUAUUCUCCCACUCAUCACAGCGGCCACCACAGCGUUCCUGGCGGAGUCCCCGCCCCCGACAAGACCGUCACCAAAACGGAAGAUGCUCUCAUGGCUCCGGCCAAAUCAGUCGAUCUAAGCUCGCUCGGCCUAAGCGAUGUUCUCCCUCGUCGGCCAGCAUACGGUGCCAAAGGGGCCGAGGUUACUCUGUGGGCAAACUACGUCUCCUUGACCGCAUCGUCCAAGCUGGUCUUGUACCGAUAUGAGAUUUCCGUCACCCCGGCCGCGGCUGGGAAGAAGCUGACGCAGGUUGUUCGCCUGCUGUUGGAGGCGCCGGAGCUGGCCGAGUAUAAACAUGACCUUGUGAGCGACUUCAGGACAAUUAUGCUCAGCCGACAGAAAUUUAGCGAUCAGACCAUCAACAUCGCGUAUCGAUCCAUUGGAGAAGACGAACCAAAGGAGAAUGGCCUUCAGUAUCAGGUCGAGCUUCGGCUUAUCAACACUUUGGCCACCUCCGAGUUGAUACAAUACCUCACGUCGACGAACCCGUCUGCCCAGUAUGACGAAAAGCUCCCCCUCAUCCAGGCCCUCAACAUCUUCCUCAAUCACUACGCCAAGUCGGCUGACAACCUCGUCUCCUUGGGGUCAUCCAGCGGAUCAUCCAAAACAUUUGCUAUAGGUCAGCUGUCCGACACCUGGGACCUUGGAAACUGCCUCACGGCUAUACGCGGCUUCUUUGCCAGUGUCCGUGCAGCUACAGCUCGUGUGCUUGUCAACAUCAACGUGAGCCAGGCUGCAUUCUUCCAAGAGGGCCCGCUGGAUCAAUUCAUUCUCCGCCUAGGCACUCAGGGUGGACUGUACAAGUUGCAGGCACUCAUCAAAGGGAUUCGGGUCAAGGUUACUCACCUACAAGAUAGGCUAAACAAACGUGGUAAGCCCGUUUCGCGAGUCAAGACUAUAUGGUGCUUGGCAAAUAAAAACGAUGGGCAAGGCCUUCAGAACCCUCCUCGAGUGAAGGCUUUUGGAGCUGGGCCAAAGGAUGUCGAGUUUUGGCUCACAGAGGACUUGAAAGAUAAAAAGAAGCCGGGUGGGAAAGGCGCCAAAUCUCAGGGGGGGCAGUACAUCUCUGUCUAUGACUUCUUCGCUAAAAAGUAUAAAAUCCAUAUCCAAGAUACUAGACUGCCUGUCAUCAAUGUCGGCGAUAGGGAGAAUCCCAAUUACUUCCCGCUCCAGGUUUGCUAUGUGCUGCCUGGCCAGCCGUGCAAUAGCAUGCUCAGCGCGUCCCAGGCUCAGCAAAUGAUCAGGUUCGCCGUUCGUAAGCCGUUCGACAACGCUACGUCUAUUGUGACAAAGGGACUGAAGACUGCGGGCCUGUCCUCUGAAACAAAUCCAUUACUGGCACAAUUUGGAAUCGACAUUUCUCAGAACCUCAUUACCGUUUCGGGCCGCAUUAUCGCCAGCCCAAAAGUUACAUACGGCCAGAACCGACAAAUUCCCACGUUUGGGGGCAGCUGGAACAUGUUACCAAGGGACUCUCCGAGCCUCAAAUUCACCAACGCCAGUACUAUGCAGAAGUGGUCUUGUGUCUACAUUGAGAUGCCCAACGAUUAUCCACACGCCCAGACAUUCACCAGUGCAGGCCUGACCGAAAUCUUGCGCAGCUUCCAUGCUGUACUGGGUGAUACCGGCAUCGCUGCCAGCCCGCCGCUUCAACCGUUUCAACGACUUCAACUUGAUAAUAACGACGACCCUCAACUCGAGGCGCUGAUGAAACGUGCCGCAUCGUCGCUGCAGCUGCUCUUUGUCAUCCUGCCCGCAACCCCCAUUCCGCUGUACAAUCGCGUCAAAUAUCUUGGCGAUGUGAAAUAUGGCAUCCAUACUGUCUGCAGCGUGGGCACCAAGAUUUCCAACCCCAAGGGCCAAGACCAGUAUCUUCGCAAUCUCGCGCUCAAGUUUAACCUAAAGCUGGGCGGCAACAACCAUCUCGUCGAUCCCACGCACUUGGGAUUCAUUACGGAGAACAAAACUAUGAUUGUUGGCAUCGACGUCACUCAUCCGACGUCCGGAAACAAGCAGGCUCCCAGUAUAGCCAGUAUGGUCGCUAGCAUUGACCAAAAGCUCGGUCAAUGGCCGGGCAUCCUCAGUAUCCAGCCGAAAAGUCGUCAGGAGAUGGUUGCGGAUCUCACCGAAAUGCUAAAAUCGCGCCUACGUCUGUGGCGCCAGAAGGGCAAGCAUUCAGAGUUUCCGGAAAACAUUAUUGUAUACCGUGACGGUGUCUCGGAGGGGCAGUAUCAGCCGGUAUUAGACCAAGAGCUCCCGUUGCUACGAGCCGCCUGCAAAGAGCUCUACCCGGCACCAGACCAAAAGAAAGGCCUGCCACGCAUGACUGUGGCCGUCGUCGGCAAACGCCACCAUACUCGCUUCUACCCGACUUCAAUCGCCGACGCGGACAAGGGGGGAAACACCAAGGCUGGUACUGUGGUUGAUCGGGGCGUCACAGAAGCGCGCAAUUGGGACUUUUACCUCCAGGCGCACACGGCACUGCAGGGGACGGCCAGGCCAGCGCAUUACUAUGUUGUGCUGGAUGAGAUCUUUCGCCCACGAUACGCGAAGACACCUGGGAAGAACAUAGCAGAUGAGUUCCAGGAUCUGACGCAGAGUAUGUGCUAUGCAUUUGGCCGGGCCACCAAGGCCGUCAGCUACUGCGCUCCGGCAUACUAUGCGGAUGUCUUGUGCGAGCGGUCGCGGUGCUAUCUCAGCUCUUUAUUUGAGUCACCAUCCAAUUCAGCAACGCCGUCGAUGGUAGAGGGCGCUGCAGGCGGUGUUGACGCUGGUUCAUUGAAGCAGGAGGUGCAGGUCCAUGAGAGGCUCAAGGAUAGCAUGUUUUACAUCUGA